GUGCUUUUGGCGAACGUUGCGAGGGAUAGGGGGGUAAAAUCUAUUGAGUGCAGUUUAUGAGUCAGGACGCCUGAAAAAUUCCGCGAGAAGAAAACAAUCGGACAACGUCGUCAUGGCCGAUAACGAGCAGAAAGCGUUGCAACUGGUGGCUGAGGCCGAGAGAAAACUGUCGUCGUCGAAGGGCUUUUUCGGCGCACUGUUCGGAAGCUCAUCGAAAGUCGAAGAGGCGGUAGAAUGUUAUCAACGAGCGGCGAACAUGUUCAAGAUGGCAAAGAAGUGGAGUUCAGCGGGCAAGGCGUUUUACGAUGCGGCAGAUUUACACGCAAAGGCGGGUAGUCGUCAUGACGCAGCUAAUAAUUAUGUAGAUGCUGCCAAUUGCUUCAAAAAAUCCGAUACAAAUGAGGCAAUCAGUUGCUUGUUAAAAGCUAUCGAGAUUUAUACUGACAUGGGUCGUUUUACAAUGGCAGCAAAGCAUCACCAAAGUAUAGCUGAGAUCUAUGAAAGUGAAGCAGUCGAUUUAGAACGUGCGGUGCAUCAUUAUGAGCAAGCUGCGGAUUAUUUCCGUGGUGAGGAAAGUAAUUCUUCGGCGAACAAGUGUCUACUGAAAGUUGCACAAUAUGCUGCACAACUUGAGAAUUAUGAUAAAGCCAUUCAAAUCUAUGAGCAGGUUGCAUCCGCAUCAUUAGAAAGUUCUUUACUAAAAUACAGUGCUAAGGAAUACUUUUUUCGCGCUGCAUUAUGCCACUUGUGUGUGGAUUCAUUAAAUGCCCAACACGCGAUUGAGCGUUAUCAGGAACAGUAUCCGGCUUUCCAAGAUUCUAGAGAAUUUAAACUGAUAAAGACGCUGAUAGAACACUUGGAGGAUCAGAACCUUGAAGGUUACACAGAAGCGGUGAAGGAAUAUGAUUCAAUUUCAAGAUUGGAUCAAUGGUAUACAACAGUAUUAUUACGUAUAAAAAAGCAAAUUAACGAUAAUCCGGAUUUACGCUGAUCAGUUGUUCUUUAUCUGUGUUAUUUUCCGGCAACGAUAUUAUUUCAACUUCACAUAUAUUCGAUUUUGGGUCGCUCCCUCUCUGCACGGAAGCUAUAAAAUAAUUUCAUUUAUAUAUACCCAGAUAUAAUUGCUCAUGUAUACAUUACUCCCUCGUGUUCGCGCUAAUUCUCAUUAUUUAUUUGUACAUCAUUUUAAAUCGUUAAGUGUCCACGAAAUUGUGGAGAAUCAUAGUCUGUAAGAAUGUAAAAACGAUUGUUAAUUAUUUUGAACAUCGUAAUCCUUAUAGUUAUGCUUGCAUCGCUGAAAUUUAAAGCCUUAUUGACAGAUAUAUUGGGGAGUAUUAUAUCGAAUGUUAUUGUUUUUGUUGUAAAAUAAUAGCCUAAGAUAUACAUUCUUAUUUCUAUUAUCUUAUAUACUUUAUUUAUAUAUUUUAUUUUCCUUCAAACUAAUACUGUCACUAUAAAUUAAGUGUACUCUUGCCGAGAAAUUAUAAAAAAAAAGAAAAUAGUAAAUAGGGAACAUCGCAAAGUGCAUUUAUAGUUGGAAUAAUCCAUGAUGAUUGAGUAUAGAUUUGGAUAUAAAUUUUUCUACAUUCUUUCUAUGUUAUAUCGCUUAUUUUUAUCAUUUUUUUACAGUACAUCAAUUGUAAUUCAUGCAAGGUACAACCAUACCUCUGCGACACGCCAUAAUCUAAAAAUCAUUUGACUUUAUUUGAUUUUAUCUAAUUUUAUUUGGUAUUAAUAUUAAUGUAAUAUGAAACUUUCAAAUAUAUUAUUAUCAUAGUUGCGAGAUACACUACAGAUUUAUAAUUUAGCGAAAUACUCGAAAUUGUUUUAACGAUGAUCGCAUAUAGAGUCUUGGCAUUUUAUAUGAGAGUGUCGUACAGUGAUACGAUAAACAUUUCAAGGAUAUACAAUAAAAUUCUGCUGUUAAUUAGGAGUAGAACGAACUAUUUGCAUGCACGUGAAUAAUGAAACAUGCACUAGCGUAAGUAUAUGUAUACUUAUUGAGAAAAAGGGACACACAGAUAAUAAAAACUUCGAACUCCA